UUUGACGGCAUCUCUUUAUGUGCAAUAAAUGCUGUAAUGCUAUGUAUAAUAUAUUCGGUCUGAUUUUUCACCUUCGGUACUAGAAGGAAACAGGUUUCCAGGGGGUUAUUCUAGUUCGUAUAUAAACUGGAGGAUGCAAAGAUCCUCGUCCAGAGGUUGUAGUGCACUACUGAGAACGAUUUGUACACCAUCUGCGCUCCGACCGACUCGUCGCUUGCAUACUCGAAGGCGCUCCCAGACUCUUGGAGAAGACCGCGACGACUUCUGCACACUAUCACGACUGCAAAACUGUAUCAAACGCAGCGAUACGACCACCUCAGCAGGGGGGACGUCUCUGCUUCCAAGAACGAGAAACUUGACCACAAUGGCAGACACUUCUGCAACGGCAGACACUGCUGCUUCCGGUGUAGUCACCAGUAUGCACGGUUACAGUGCUAAAUAUGCGAAUGCUCCGACACUGGUGAAAUUAGAGACCCCAGUACCCGACCCGGACAGUGCAGGAAGUGCAGCAUCGGCAGGGGACCUAGAAAAGCUGAAGGCGCUGGUUUCAGAUUAAGACUCGCUGUAUUUCAUUUCUCUCUAUUUUUUGGGUCUAGCAAGUCAUUGUCAUUUUUCUGUGUUUUCUACUGGGAGUACUGAGAAGAUGAAUCUUCCAAGGAGUGACUCGUUUUGGAGUCUACGUCUAAUCAAAGAAAGGCGAUUCAAUACUGCUAAAGCCGGAUGCCUCUGGGAAUGUUCCGUUGAUAUGGGCGUGCGAGAAUGGGCAUACGGAAACGGUUGACUUUCUAGUGGGGGACUCGGGACCUUGCGCGGCCGAUGUCAAACGGGAACAGCUGUUUCAUCGUGGAUUUCUAGGCACUACCGCCUUUUCGCGUGCAGUGCGCCGCGGCGACUUAGCCAUUGUUCAGGUACUAAUCACAGCGGCGGGCUCGGAGGCUGUCGCGUUAGGGAAUGUGCAUAACGAGAAGUUGCAAUACCCCAUGCAUUUUGCGACCUAUAAACAGCACAAAAAUGUUCUGCAGUUUCUCUUAGACAGUGGUCUGGACACAACGGUAAAGGACAGAAAAGGCAGAACUCCAGCGGAAGAUACAAAAAGCGAAGAGAUUCGUGAGAUGGUCAUCUCGCAUCGUAAGAAAGUCCCAGGCUUUUUCGUUGACAACGAGUGAGUGUGCAGCGGCAUGAGCAUGUGAAUAGUUUCAACGUAUGUAACAAAGAAGGAACACAGUUGUUGUAGAAUGGUCUUCAUACUUUCGAAAUUUUUUCAAAUAUAUUUCAGAAGAAUUUGCGAGCUGUGUGGGACGGCAUGUCAGAAAACUGUGUGAGUUUCAG